AUGGUGAAGGACCAGAAGCCGCAUGUGCCGGACAAGCGGACAAGAUCGAGACGCACGAGCUGGCAAAGCGUGGCAACCCAAGGCAGGGAUAUCUCAGGGCCGGUGGCCCAGCAGAACAGUGUGGGACUUCCAGCGUUGGGAGAGGCAGCCGCCAGCGAGGUGGCCCCUCUCCAGGGGAGCCUGGAAGCGAGUGGUCAAGCACCAGCAGCAGGGAGCGACGCAGAUGGCGGAGACCCUUGGUUGCAGUGGUACCAGACUCAGGGAGACCAUGCCAACAGUGAGUCGGGCCUGGACUUGGAGAAGAGCAUCAUCCAGUCCGACAUCAAGUUCGCCGAAGAGAUGGUGCUGAACGAACCUAUGGAGUGGGACCAGGGCUACUUUGAGAACUGGGACCCCUCCGACAUCGCGCUCUUCCAGGAGGCCGGGGAGAAGCAGAAGGCAGUGGGCUUGGGGCAGACGACCCGCCUCCUCGUGGUCCGCCUCAGAUGUGGCAAGGGACAUGCUACCCGAGAUUGCCCUCAGAAGCCUCCUGGUGAGUCAAAGAAGGUGCUACAAGCAGAGGCUCAUUCCGAGUUCAUCUGCUUCGGGGAGCACAUGGAAUCCUCCUUGUAUGGUGACACUGAGGGCGAGAUGUCCUGGCACCAAGAGGAGGGCCGCAUGACCACCCAUGAGGCCAUGCUCAAGGGCUACAGCGUGCUGGAUGGUGGCGCGACCCGCACUAUGGGAUCCAUGGUGGCCUUGGAGCAGGCGAGAGAGGCCAGCUUUGAACACCAGUCCCAGGACAACGUGGCGGAGGUGAACCUUGAGGACCGCCCCACGUUCGGGUUCGCGGACUCUGAGUCAGCAACAUGCCAGUCAACUGUGCUUUUGCAGCUUCCGAUUGCAGAUCGCAAUCUGAAGUUGCGAGUCCACGCGCUAGACAAAGGUAGUGUUCCCGUACUUUUAAGUAUUGACACGUUAAAGCGGUUGCAGGCCAUAGUUGAUUACUCUCGGGAUGAGGUGAUUUUUGGGGCCAUAGACCCGUGUAAGCGUGUCAAGUUGCAGACGACCGUUACUGGUCAUCAAGUUUUGCCUUUGGCGCAAGAUUUUAUGGUGGGAGCGCAGCAACUGCAGGCGCCAGUGAGGUGCCUUGGCAUCCCCAUUGAGUAG